AAUCGCUAUUCGUCAGUCCUUGAGAAAAUAUUGUGAAUUUGCUUCGAAGUCAAAACAUUCUUUAUUCUUUUUUCAACACUUGUCAAGUUCUUGUUCUUUGUGUAAUUGAACAGAGUUAAUACGAGGAAGAAUAAAUCAACCCAACAAUAGGCCAAUAGUGCGAAAAUGCAGAAUAAUAAAUUUACCAGUAAGAUGCUAUCGCAAAAAGUAUUCAUCUGUGCACUUUGCAAAAAUUUACUCGAAACCCCUGUAAUGAUAGUCGAAGGUAUUGGAAACAUGUGCAACACUUGCUUCACAAAUGCAGAUAACGCAGAAGGGUGGACUUCUAUCCCCAACACAAACCUAGACCUUGUCUUAAAAGAACUCGAGUUUCCUUGCACGUUUAAAUCGAACGGAUGUGAAUACACGGAUCUUUAUGAAAAUCUGCACAUCCAUAAGAACGUAUGCAUGUAUCGCCCGAUUAACUGUUUAUUUCCACAAUCAGAUUGCAACUGGAAUGGAAAAGUAAUAGAGUUACUAAAACACUUUAAAGACCAACACCCGCAACAUGUUUUGAAAAAUCCAUUCAACAAAUUUUCCUUCCAACUCGAGAUGACAAAGUCUCCAAUAAACGUGAUAAAAGUGUUGUUGAACAGUCACGAGAAAAUAUUCAUCUUCAAAAUGUGGGAAUCUGUAGAUGAAAAAGUUUUGUUCAAUGCAGUUCAAGAGAUUAAAUUUUGCGGCCAAGGAAAACACGUGGACGUGAAGUUUGCUGGACAAAACAUCCAACACAAAGUAUCAGUGGCUCGAGACCCUUUUCCCACCGUUGACGGUGCCAAAAAAAUAUGUUCUGCAAUUUUAGAUGAAGUCGCAGAUUCAAGUAACACUAUUACAGUGACAGUGAAGACAGAGACUGGUCAAGUCCAAAAUAUAACCGAGGCGGUAUUAAAACAACUCGAGUGCUCCGUGUGCAAGGAGCUAAUGCGCCCCCCUAUUGUCCAGUGCCAGUCAGGCCACAGUUUUUGCAGCCCCUGUAAAGAGAAGGUGGACCAGUGCCCAACAUGUCGCACAAAAUGGAGUAAUGUGAGGAACUACUCUCUUGAAGGGAUCACCCCAUCUCUCCAAUAUCCGUGCGUCUACAGCCACGUAGGAUGCGAGGAGACUUUCCUUGGUAAUGAAAUUGUCCAUCACGAACUUGUGUGCAAAUUCAAAUUGUACACCUGCCCAAUCGCCGAUUGCAAAUUUACCGACAAUUACUCACUAUGCGCAAACCACUUCAGACUCAACCACAGGGAAUUCUUGGUUGAAGGAACUGUUUUUCAAGACACUUUUACCCUAAUCUUAAAUGGACACGAAACCCGGGAAGACAAAUACAUCUUUGAACAUGAAAAUAUCUACAAGUUUACUUUUCAACGUUUAUCCAGUAGCUACAACUGGUGCGUUCGCAUUAUGAAUGAUUUUAGCAAAAAUCGUAAGUAUUACUACAAUGUUACGAUCACAGAUGCCCAAGUGCGGCAAAGACAAAUUUCUAAAUCAGUUCUUUGCUUGGAUAAAAAAAGCGAUGAUGUUGGCAUCACUUUUACAUCCAAUGAACUUUCUAUCUAUAAACGAACAAACAAUGAUCAAAUUAACUAUUGUUGCGAGAUCAUAGAAGGUGACGAAGUUUAAUUAAAUCUUUUCGUAUUCAAAGAAUUUAAGUUUUACAACUUUGUGUCCUUUUUUGUCGCAAAUUUUGUUUCUUUUGUUACUAAUCUAUCAUUUUUAUAGUAAC